AUGAAGUUUGGCAGUUUCUUUAACUUGAUAACAAUUCACGUCUACAUUCUGCUUGUUUCAGCAGUGAAUUGUAUGGGAAACAACACGUUGAACAUGGUUCUAGAUGGUUCAGUGAAGCGAUUUCUGGUCAUAGUUAAUCCACCGACGUUUGUUUUGGGAUUGGUCCUCAACGUGGUCGCAUUGUGGAUUCUGUGCUUCAAAUGUAAAAAGUGGACAGUGUCUACCAUCUAUAUGACUAACCUGAUCAUUUCAGACAUUUUGCUGCUUUUCUCCCUGCCUUUCAAAAUCUAUGCCUACCAGGUUGGGGCGUGGUCCCUGAGUCCGGGAUUCUGCAACUUCUUGGAAUCUCUGUACUAUGUGAAUACUUAUGCAAGCAUGCUGAUCAUCAUGUUGAUCAGUUUGGAUCGCUACAUCGCCAUAAAACAUCCCUUUUUGGCCAGAACCUUCAGAUCCCCAAAGAAAACAGUGAUUGCCUGCGCCCUGGUGUGGAUUGUUGUCUGGUCUUGCUGUAUCUACCUUUAUGAUAAAAGGAAAUCUGCAAACUGUUUCUUCAACCAUUCUCCCUCCAUUUGGAAAGUGCAUACUGUUGUAACUCUCCAAACCAUAUUCCUAGUCACCGCUCUCCUCGUGGUCUUCUGUUCCAUUCAGAUCAUCAGAACUCUAAAGAGAAGUGGCAGCCUGAAAUCUGAGAAAAUCUCCAGGAGCAAAUCCACAAAAAUCGUCCUUUCAAAUCUGUUAACAUUUCUUGUUUGUUUCACCCCGUACCACGUGGGGAUCCUAAUGUACUUUUUAGCUCGGGAAUGUUGGAUAGCAGAUGGUUACCUGGUCCCUCUGCGCAACUUCCUGCAAAUAUGCCUGUGUUUAGCAAAUGUAAACUGUGUUCUGGAUGCCAUCUAUUACUAUUUUGUCAUCAAUGAGUUCUGGAAGUCAUAUAGAAGCAGUGUGAAGGCAACAAAGUCAGUUGUUUGA